AUGCGAAAACUCCUCAAAGCUCAUGAUGGCAAAGAGGUCAAUACCACUGACAAAUCAGCUGUUCCUGAUGGAGCUGUCCCUGGCUACCUUUUAGAUCGUGAAGGGUCGAACAAAACCAAAAUCCUCAGCAACAUGGUCAAGCAGAAACGCAAAGAAAAAGCUGGCAAAUGGGCAGUCCCAAUUCCAAAGGUUAAGCCACUAACCGACCAAGAAAUGUACCAGGUUGUGAAAACUGGAAAAAGGAAGAGAAAAAUGUGGAAAAGAAUGAUCAAUAAAGCUUGUUUCGUAGGCGAAAAUUUCGUCAGAAAGCCACCAAAAUUCGAAAGAUAAACUAUUUAAUCUUAUUUUUGCACUUCAGCAAUGAUAUAAAAGCAUAUUUUAUUUAUAAAUUUAUUAAUAAAGUGCUCAUAAAGCAUAUAAUUCUUGGUAGUCAAAAAAAAAACCUCUAUGUGGUAAAUGACAAUAAAUUUUUUCCUAUAAAAUAUGUAAUUAAUUUAUUUUCCAAUGCUUCUAUGAGGAUUUUUCCAAUAUAAAAAAUGCAAGUUUUCAAGACUGAGAAACAACAGUUUUUACCCAAUUAAAAUUAAAUUAAUCUUUUAAAAAACUCUAUUAUUUAUUUUUUUUAUCAAAAAAAAUGACUAUGCUAGCCCACGCGGAUUUUUCAUAUUUUACCAUAAUUCUGUAUACAUAAGACCAACUGGUAUGAGAUUUACCAAAGCUCACGUCACACAUCCAGAACUGAAUACAACGUUCUAUCUCGACAUCAUUGGUGUUAAGAAAAAUCCUCAAUCUAGCUUAUACACAAGCUUAGGCGUCAUCACAAAAGGAGCCGUUAUCGAAGUCAACGUCGCAGACUUAGGACUUGUGACACAAGGUGGAAAAGUUGUAUGGGGAAAAUACGCUCAGGUUACAAAUAACCCAGAAAAUGAUGGAUGCAUUAAUGCGGUAUUAUUAGUCUAA